UCGGUUUGAGCGAUGGAUAUUAGGUAUACCUUUUUUCCUUUGCUCUAUCCUAUUUGCUUUUUUUUGCCCAGUCCAAUGAUGAUGUUUUGCUAAAACAAGAAAACAAUCAACAUCAUCACCGUUCAAACUCCAAAAAAAAAAAAAGCUGCCGGACGGACAUACGGAGGUUUAUCCGCCAAUUCGGCGGAAGAUAUCCAUUUUGCCAGACUUUUGAAUCAGUUUCGGUGCCAAACAAUGCGGGGCAUCGAUGUUCAUCUUUAUGUGGCAGGCGUCAUUCCUGCUGAACGAGCACUAUCACCGUCACCACCGCCACUCAUAUCACUAUCACCGACAUCAACAGCAAAAAGUGCUACGACAGACAAUGAUCAUGUUAAUAACAGCAGCAGCACGAAUAGGAAUCAUCACACAUUUGGUCUUCAUCAUCUUGUCGAUUUGGCACACGACGCCAUCAAAACAAUAAUGAUUAACUCGGGCCCCACGGGACGUUUCGAAGAUCUGCUGAUGCUGGAUCCGACGCAGGUCCUUCAACAUGUUGGACGAAAAAUGCUUCGUCUAAAGGCUUCUUUUGAAAAUGGAAUAGAUACACCCCAUGACGGCUUUGUUGACCUCAUUGAACCUAAUGGAAUAUCUGUGAUUUCAGACAUUGAUGAUACCAUCAAAGUGACAGGCAUUUUAGACGGCAAGGACACUAUCCUCCAGAACACGUUUUUCCGAAAAGCAGAUGAAGUGCCCGGCAUGUCCGAAGUAUACCGGAACUGGUCGAAGCAGGGCGCUCAUGUGCAUUACGUAUCCAACUCGCCAUGGCAAGUGUAUCCGGCUCUCAGUGAGUUCGUCCGCGAUAGACAUUUUCCGGCGGGAAGCAUGCAUCUCCGCGCCAUCAGCACAGGUGAUCUGAUACGGAGGAAACCUGGGCAGCACAAACUUGAUGUCAUACAUCAAAUCCUUCAGGACUUCCCCAAUCGAAAAUUUAUCCUCGUGGGCGAUUCGGGUGAACGGGAUCCUGAAAUAUACCAACAAAUCUACAAACAAUAUCCCGAGCAAAUCAUCAAAAUUUUCAUACAUGAUGUGACCAGUGAACGUGCACGACAUGCGGAUCAACGCGAGAGCGAGCGAUCCGAUUCUUAUUACAAUAAUUUGAAAAAGUUCCUGGCGCGUGAUCAGCAAAGUGGUGGUGGUGGUAACCUACCGCGACGCUCGGCAACAACGACGACUUCGAUGUUGGACGCAAUUGGCGAGACUGAGAUUCCUGAUGAAGAAAAAGUCAUGAUGGAUCCGACAGUGUCUUUGAAAACGAAGCUCGAUAUCUUCCAUGAAAGAAUGGAUAAUCUAGCUCGCGAGUUGCCAGAAGGUGUAUUGACUGUUUUCACCUUGGCUUCGCAACUACGCACCGAUCCUAUCAUUACGCAUACUUUUGGUACUCGAGCAAGGAAAUCGUCAUUAUCAUCAUCAUCUCAUAUGCCUUCUCCCAUCCCCGCCAGAAACAGCUCUUUUCCUGUAUAGCCAUAGAAUGUUUCUUUCUCCUUGUCCUCCUUUUUUUUUGAGUUUCCUUCCUUCCUG